AUGCCUGAUGAUAUCAAGUUCAUCGUUCGCUUGCUGCUCCUAUGCAGCUUACGGUUGUUCGUCGCUUCUGAUGACACCGAGUGCGUACGAACUCUGCACAAAUCGCUGGUUGAUCCCCGUGGUGAGCUCAAGUCCACAUGGAAUUUUUCAGGAGAAGGAACGAAUGGUUUCAUCUGCAAAUUCACCGGCGUAAAUUGUUGGAGCCCCAACGAUAACACGGUUCGUUCUUUCAAUCUCGUCAGCCUGGGGCUUCAAGGCAGAUUUCCUGAAGGUCUCGAGGGUUGUAGAAUGAUGGAAGGCUUGAAUCUGUCAGGUAACAGCUUUUCAGGGCCUAUCCCUUCCGACAUCUCACGGUGGCUACCCCAUUUGAGUUAUCUGGAUCUCUCGCACAACAGCUUCUCAGGCCCAAUCCCAAGCAACAUCACAGAGCUUUCUCGUCUGAGUUCCAUGGAUCUCUCGUACAACAGCUUCUCAGGCCCAAUCCCAGCCAACAUCAGAGACAUGGCAUACCUGGAAACACUGAGCCUUCAGCACAACAAACUCCAGGGUGGGAUCCCAUGGCAAUUCUGUUCUCUCGCUCGGCCGGUGUCGUUCAGUGUUUCAGACAAUUUGCUGUCAGGGCUUGUUCCACCAUGUUUUGAGAACUUCUCGGCGUCAGCCUUUGCUGGUAACCGAAGGCUCUGUGGUGCGCCGCUGGGUAGCUGUAGGCUGCACGGGAUCAGCGACGAGUCCAUCAUCGGAGCGGCCGUUGGUUUCGUGGUCGGGUUCGUGAUGGCCUUCUACUUCCCGCAGUGGUUCGUUUUCUCCAGGAGGCUCCAUCCCUAUAUCUUUCGGAUUUGA